GGCGCGGGCGGCAGCAUGGUGGAGAAGCGCUGCCCGCUGCAGAGGGACGGCGUGUACCGCUGGUUCUCGGAGCUGCCGUCGCCGCAGCGUGUGGAGUUUCUGUGCGGCCUGCUGGACCUGUGCAUCCCGCUCGAGCUGCGUUUCCUCGGCUCGUGCCUCGAGGACCUGGCGCGCAAGGACUACCACUCGCUGCGCGACUCAGAGAUCAAGGCCAACAACCCGGCCGACCUGGGCAGCCUCACCAAUCUGACGGACGAGGUGGUGCGCAGCAAGCUUCUGGUGUCGUUGGCGCUGCUGGGCUCGGAGCAGCGCGAAGCUGCUGGCGUGCUCUACCGCACGCUCACGCACAUCGACUCCAUCAUCCAUAACUACGGGCUGCAGCUCAACGAAGGCCGCACGGGCGAUGAGUUCUUGCUGCUCUUCACCAUGGCCUCCAAUCACCCGGCCUUCAGCUUCCACCAGAAGCAGGUGCUGCGCCAGGAGCUCACGCAGAUCCAGAGCAGCCUGAGCAGCGGCGGCGGCGGCGGCGGCGGCGGCGGCAGCGGGGGCCACGGGGGCCACGGGGGCAAGAGCUCACUGCCCACCUGCCCGGCCUGCCACAAGGUCAAUCCACGAACCGAGACCCCCGUCACCAGUGUCAGUAAUAGUUUGGAGAAUGCACUGCGUACAUCAGCACAUUCCACUGAGGAGUCUCUGCCCAAAAGGACUGUAGGAAAACACUCCAAAGUGAGUGUUGAAAAGAUAGACCUGAAGGGAUUAUCACACAAAAAAAAUGAAAGAAAUGUUGAAUGUUCCUUUGAGGUCUUGUGGUCUGACUCUUCAGUUACAUCAGUAACCAAAUCUUCCUCUGAAGUGACUGAAUUUAUUUCAAAGUUAUCUCAGCUAUACCCCGAAGAAAAUUUGGAGAAAUUCAUUCCUUGCUUAGCUGGCCCAGAUUCGUUUUAUGUAGAGAGAAACCACAUGGAUCUGGAAGCGGACCUGAGGUAUUUGGCUUCAUUACCUUCUCAUGUACUGAAAAAUGACCACGUUAAGAAAUUUUUCAGCACUUCGUCUCCCACCCAACAGCUUCAAAGUCCAAGUCCUGGCAACCCUUCCCUUUCUAAAGUCGGUACCAUGAUGGGUGUGUCUGGAAGACCUGUGUGUGGAGUGGCCGGCAUCCCGUCCUCUCAGAGCGGUGCCCAGCACCAUAUGCAGCACUCAGCCAGCACGGCCGCCUUGCCCCACUGCUCCCACACAGGGGGUGGGGGCUCGGCACUGGCUUACCGGACCCAGAUGGACACCUCACCCUCCAUCCUAAUGCCUUCCAAUCUACAGACUCCUCAGACCCAGGAACAAAAUGGGAUUUUAGAUUGGCUGAGGAAACUGCGUUUGCACAAGUACUAUCCCGUCUUUAAACAGCUUACAAUGGAGAAGUUUCUGAGCCUUACUGAAGAAGAUCUAAAUAAAUUUGAAUCCCUCACCAUGGGAGCGAAGAAAAAACUCAAGACUCAACUGGAGCUGGAGAAGGAGAAGUCAGAGAAACGGUGCCUGAACCCCUCAGCCCCACCCCCGGUCACCAGCAGCGGAGUGGCCCGCGUCCCCCCCACCAGCCACGUGGGCCCCGUGCAGACAGUGCGAGGCACCCACCCUGCAGCGCUGCGGGUGGAAGUGGAGCAGCCACCUCACCAGACAGCCCGGGAAGGCAGCUCCUCUGAGUGCUCCAGCUCCUCGCCUAGCCCCAUGGGGGUGCAGGCCCGGGAAGAGAGCUCAGACAGCGCCGAGGAGAAUGACAGACGUGUGGAGAUGCACUUAGAGGGCCCCGAUAAGGAGAAGCCUGUCAUGCUACUGAAUCAUUUCACUUCAAGUUCCGCCAGACCCACAGCCCAGGUUCUCCCCGUGCUGAAUGAGGCAGGCUCCAACCCAUCAGGCCACCAUCCCCUGCCUCCGCAGAUGAUGACCACAGCCUCACACAUUGCACCCAUCCGAAUGCUGAAUUCUGUGCACAAAUCAGAAAGGGGAGGCACAGACAUGAAACUCCUCUCAUCUUCUAUGCAUUCACUGCUGUCUCUAGAAGAAAGGAAUAAAGUCUCUGGACCAAGAAGCAGCAUCAAAGUGGACAAGAGCUUUGGCAAUGCCAUGAUGGAUGUGUUACCCACGUCUGCCCCACAUCAGCCCAUGCAGGUCCUCUCUGGACUUGCUGAGAGCAGCUCGGUGUCACCCACCGUCUCCUUUGGUCCCCGCGCCAAAGUUGUCCAUGCAUCCACACUGGACAGGGUGAUCAAGCCAGCCCAGCAGCCGGCGCUGGUGGUUGAGACGAGCACCUCUGCUGUGGGGACAUCCAGCACGGUCUUCCAUGUGGCCCGGCCACCAAUCAAACUUCUGGUGUCUUCGUCUGUCCCUGCGGAUUCUGCUAUUUCUGGGCAGACUUCCUGUUCUAACAAUGUGCAGAUCAGUGUGCCCCCUGCAAUAAUAAACCCUCGGACUGCUCUGUACACAGCCAACACCAAAGCUGCCUUCUCUGCGAUGAGCAGUGUGCCCGUGGGCCCCCUGCAGGGCAGCUUCUGUGCAAACAGCAACACUGCCUCCUCCAGUAGCCACCCUUCCCCGUCCUUCCCAAACAUGGCCACUGUGCCCAGCUGCCCGGCCCCCAGCUCCAGCCCUGCACUCUCCUCGGUCCCCGAAAGCAGUUUCUACAGCAGCAGUGGCGGCGGCGGUGGCAGCAGCUCCCCUGGGAACAUUCCUGCCUCUGCUCAGAACCACCACCACCACCACCACCAUCAGCAGCCGCCAGCACCCCAGCAGCCCUCACCUGGCCCACCGCCCGGCUGUGUCGUGUGCACGUCGUGUGGAUGCAGCGGGAGCUGUGGCUCUGGUGGCCUGACUGUCAGCUAUGCCAACUACUUCCAGCACCCGUUUUCGGGGCCGUCUGUCUUCCCUUUCCCCUUCCUGCCCUUCAGCCCCGUGUGUGGCAGCAGCUACGUGGGCACCCAGCAGUAUGGCAGCAGCGCCUUCCCAGUCGUGCACUCGCCAUAUGGCGGCAGCGUGCCCGCCGAGCCCGUGCUGGGUGGCCAGUCCACGUUUGCCGUCCCGCCCAUGCAGAGCUUCAUGGCAGGAGCGGCUGGUGUGUACCAGGCCCAGGGCUUGGUGGGCAGUAGCAACGGUUCCAGUCACAAAAAGAGUGGCAAUCUCUCAUGUUACAACUGUGGGGCCACCGGUCACCGUGCUCAGGACUGCAAGCAGCCGUCCAUGGACUUCAAUCGGCAAGGUACUUUUAGGUUGAAAUAUGCCCCUCCAGCAGAAAGUCUGGACUCCACAGAUUGAUAUUUUUCUCUGGCAACAGAACACUAUUAAGCCAUGGAGACAUAAGGAAAAUUAAAUACAAAACUGAGAAGUCUAGUUGCUGUUGAGCUUAAUAUUUUUAAUCCAAAGGUGCUUUACUUUACUAGACUGGAUAGGAAAUAUAGCAUAGGAGUGCAUCAAACUCAAGUUUUAUUGCCAAAAUUCUAGAUUGGAGCUUGAUGUCAGGACUUGCCUAGUGGGUAUCUUCAGAGCGGGUGAAAUUGCCCACCUCCACCCUUGGUUGCAAUGCAGAGACCUCCCGUCUCCAGAAGAGCAUUGCCGUAAUUGGUCCUUCUAGGCUCACACGUAAUUCCAGGGCAGCUACGCGAGAUCGGAAUCGAGAACUGAAGGUUGGAGUUCUCCAAGUGGAGUUCCACCAGUCGGACUCUUGACACCCCUGGGUGAGGGAAAAUGUCACCUUUGUUUUGUUUUGUUUUGUUCCUGAAGUGGGUAGGCACUAAUUUCUGGGCUUUUUAAGGAUUGCACUACAGAAGAAUGUAAACUGAUGUCAGUCUCUGCAGCUCUGGGAGACAAAACUCCUAGAGACUAGUCAGUGCAAAACACUCAGAGAAUCCAUUUUUAAAGAGUUGGCACCAGCAGGCUAUAUGACUUAGUAUACACAACAGAGAUUUUAGUAUUUACUUCCCUUCUUUAAAACACUUUUAGCAGUUUCAGGUUUUUAAUUUUUUUUCUGCAAAUAAAUUUAAACUACAUUACAUAGAAAUAGUUACUUGCAACAACUUAAUUUCUAAGGGUCCAAGUCCCAGAGAAUCCCUAGUUGUCAAAGCAUUGAGAAUCUCUUCCUUCCCAGCCCUUCCAUAGCUUUGAGUCCUGUCAUCUUGCACAGCGAAGGAUCUCCUUGCAGAGACAUGGUAACAGCACUGCUUUUGUGAGUUGGCUCUGAUGGAUGCUACCCAUCCUUAGUGAAGUUUGCAAGAUUUUUUUUUUUUUUUUUUAAUUUCACACAGACUUCCCAAGGACCCCAAGGCUUAUUACUGCUAAGAUUCACACUUGAGACACACAUUACAACAAUACAGUCCUGUAAUUUAUGAGCAAAAAUUUUGAAGUUUUCUCUUGUCAGUGUCUUUUGUAUUAGGCUGUGUAUUAAUAGUUCUUUUAAAAAUUACCUGUAAAACUACAGUAGAAAAUGGUAAGACUCUGAAAGAGACCACAGUACAGAGCUACAAGAUCUGCAGAAGUCUAGUUUUAUCAAGGUGGGAAAUAAAGUCCUCACCACAUAGCUCUCAGUUUCACCCCAUUGGAAUGAGAGAGCUUUUUGGUAUGAAAUUUAGGGACUUAGAUCCUUAAGACUAAAGGGAAUUUUCUGCUCAAGUAAUGUUAUUUUAAAUGCUAAAACCUCAGUAUUAAAAUAUUGAUUGGUAAGGCUUUGCCCGGGGCUUUUCCAAUUGAAUAGUUAUUAAAAAAAAAAAAAAAUCACAUAUUCAGAUCAUUCUUAAAAUGGAACAAUCAGCCUCAGGCAAAAUUGGUGUAAAUCAAAAGAAUACCCUAGAAUUUGAGGCAUUGUGAUAUAUAAGGUUUCAAAUUUUGAGAUUAGUUUCCUGCCUUUAUGGAAACUAAAGCAGAAAGUUGUUACUUUUUUUUUUUUUUAAUGACAAGGCUUUUAGUUUUUAGAGUUUUAUUUUAGUAGAGUUUUAUUUCUAUGCAAUGCAGAAUUGACAGACCUCUGUAGUCUUCUCUCUUCCUGGUACACAGUAUUACAUACAGUUAAGCAAUGGUGAUGCUUACAACUGGUUUUUUGGGGAAUGUUACAUUGAUCUCUUAAAUUAUAAACACUACAAAAAUGUCAAAAUAAUGAGAACUGACAUAACUUUGCCUUAAAGAGUACUAGACUGGAACUUGUCAUACUAUGUUAAAGGAAGACUUAGAGUGUUCAUUGAUGUUUACGAUUUUAAUAUUUCCGAAGGCCGUUACAGUGGCCUGGAUAUGUGCUGAAAGCCAAACUUUUAAAUUUUUUGGUUUUUUUUAAACAAAGAAAUAUUUUAAAUAAAUCCUAUUUCAACACAGUGAACUCGUUGAAAGCUGUCUCAUAAGAAAAUAUCAUAUUUAGGUUUUUUGUUUUAAUGGUCAGUAUCGAGGAAUGAAAGUGUCUGCUGUUACCCUUCUAAUUAUUUUGAUAAAUAUUAGAGGUUAGCAUUAAAUACAACAAAAUUAAAACAAACUUCAAUUCUAAGUAUAACAUUCACAUUGAGGUAAAUAAGUUCAGACAUUGUGUAGCUGCGUUCCGGUUAUCAAAGGUCUUAGAAAAAUUCCCAGUUUCUUUGAAAGUGCGAGUGUGGUAUGACAUCACCAGUGAAGUCACUCCAAGUUGAGAAUUGUAAAACAUAAAUAUGAGAUACACAGGACACAAAGUGCCAAUCUGUGAGAUCUCUUCCCAAGUGAAUUGCAUACUUGGACUUGGGAAUAUUUGCUAGCAGUAUUAUCUCUGAUGAAUUUCUCUCCAAAAGCAACCAAAGUCAGUAAGGCUAAACAUUUUGCAUUUCCUCAGAAGACAUCAUUAGUUAGAAACACAAUUCAGACUGACCCUUUCAACUAAUCAUUUUCCUGAAGUUAUAGGCUGUUUCCAAAUGCUGUGGCAACCAGGUAGGUGUGGCCUCAGUCACUUUGCUCUGUGUAGUCUGUCGUAUUAAAGUUUCUAACCCCAUUUUUUAUUUCCAAGAAUGGGGAAAGUGGAAUGUACAGAUUGAAGUAGAAUACAGUGUUGGGAUGAAACAACUAUUUAACCUUUUUUGUUUUUUUUUUUAAAAAGCAAAACACUCGAUUUUCUACCUUAUUUUCUAAUUUUUAUUUUAUGGUAAUACUGAAAAUUGGCAAGUGUUUAAUCAUUAAAACUCCUAAUUGCUGAAGAGCACUGAGGAAAUGGGAGCUAGCACUUCUAAUAAAAAGACAUUUAUUUUUUUGAAAGCAGAUAUGUGAUUGGUAUUAAAAAAAAAAAAAAAACAACCAGCAUCAUCUAUAAUCUCUAAAAGAUUACAGGAGUCAGCUUGUUAAUAUA